UUUAAAUAAACUUCACAUUCAUCUGUUUCUUAAAGUUCACAUCUUUUUCUUCAGGGACUUUGAUAAUUCUUUGGAAGUAUGCAUGUUCGAAGAGGGAAACGAUCUGUGGCAUUUUGGCCGUCAAUUGUGAUGAAAAAAUGGUUAAAUAUUCAUCCAAAGAAUAAUGAUUUUAGUGAAGACGAAAUGGAUACCGAAAGUGAAGAUGAUGGUUCCUCUCAUAAACGCGAAUAUAUGGGUUUUAACGAGGAGAAUUCGACUAGAAUAGAGAGGAACAUGUCUACAUGCUCGAGUGAAACUUCAAAUGUGACACCUGCAAAACCAUUGGUAAAACACAAGAGGGGGAAAUCAGAGGAUCUUCACUGUAUUAAAACGAAAGAUUUGAGGUUAAUGAUCGGGACUUGGAAUGUUGCGGGAAAGCUUCCCCCUGAUGGCCUUGAUAUCGACGAUUGGCUUAGUAUGCACCAACCGGCUGACGUAUAUAUUCUCGGUUUUCAAGAAGUCGUUCCUUUGAACGCGGGGAAUGUGCUUGGAGCCGAGACUCGAGCACCGAUUAUAAAAUGGGAGGCAGUCAUUCGAAAAUCUCUUAACAAAUCACAAGAACUCGAAUACAUACCUAAAAGCUAUAGUGCCCCGACCUCUCCUGUUGCCGAGAUCAAAAGCAAUGUGGAUUUCCUGUCAACCGAAAUAACUGAUCCCGAAAGGAAAGAGAUUACUUCAAUGAUCGGGCUAACGGGAUUCAACGGCCUCGAUUGGCCUGAAUACACACCAAAUAGAAAACAUGAUAUUUGUUUUUCGGGUAACAACUUACGUAGAGUGCUAAGUAGCUCGGAUCAAGUUCGUAAAGAUUGGUUCACACAUGAAUCUAACAAUUUCGGUCCACGAGGUAAUGUGGUUGAUCUUGGGGGUUUGAGAAUGUUGCGUCAUAGCUCGUGCGACGUGGGUUUGCUUUGGACGGAGAAACAAGAGAGGGCUGAUCUUGUUGAUUCUCUCUAUAAUGUAUCCGGACUAGUGAUGGAAGAAGAUGAUUCUCUCAUGGACAGAAUAGAAGUCGAACAAGGAAAUCCACCGACAAAAAGUGGCGGAAAAAUUGAUAGGUAUGUUCGAAUCGUGAGUAAGCAGAUGGUUGGUAUAUACCUUUCGAUUUGGGUUCGGAGAAGGUUGAGAAGGAAUAUCAGUAAUGUAAAAGUAACGCCCAUUGGCAUCGGGCUUAUGGGCUAUAUGGGAAAUAAGGGAUCUAUUUCCGUUAGCAUGUCUCUUUAUCAAACACGAAUAUGUUUCGUUUGUUCUCAUUUGAGCUCCGGACACAAGGACGGGGAUGAUGGGAGGCGCAACUCUGAUGUUAAUGAGAUCUUGAGACGAACUCAUUUCUUAUCGGUAUUAGACCAUGAUCAACCUAAAACAAUUCCAUCUCAUGACCAAAUAUUCUGGUUUGGCGAUUUGAAUUAUCGCAUCAAUAUGGCAGAUGCAGACGUCAGAAAACUCGUUGCCCUGAAGCAGUGGGAGAAACUGUUAUACAAUGAUCAGCUAUGCAAAGAGCUUAGAAGCGGCUGUGUCUUCGAGGGAUGGAAGGAAGGUGUUAUCAACUUCCCACCCACUUACAAGUAUGAAAUCAAUUCAGAUCACUAUAUAGGUGAAAUUCCUAAAGAAGGGGAGAAAAGAAGAACACCAGCAUGGUGUGAUCGUAUUUUAUGGAAGGGGAAAGGCAUUGAACAACUUCGUUAUGAUAGUUUGGAUUCACAAAUGUCCGAUCAUCGGCCCGUUAGAUCAGUUUUUUCAGUUGUGGUUGAAGUAUUUGACCCUACAAAGAUUCGUCGAGCUCUUGAUUUGACUAUUCCGUUCAUCCAAAUAUAAAUAUAAUCAUGCAUGGAGGAGUUAAAAUUAUCCCAAGGAGGUUUAAAUUCUUUUUCAUUGAUGAUAUUAUUAUUGAUGUUGGUUUUACAAAAAAUUUCAUGUGAAGGUGCUUCUACACUUAAUUACGAAAUGUAUUUGUAAUAAUAUAGUAACUCAUAACUUUACUCC